UUUGUAACUGAGCCUGUUUUGUGAGGUCUUCAUUAGCCAGAGGCUUGAGUCAGGCUUGAGGAUUUAACAAAAGAACAGCUAUGAUGAAAGCAGGUUUGCUCUUCCUGUGCUUGACCCUGGCCCCUGUUUGGACAACCCCUGUACAGACAGACUCUGGGCCGGUGGUCAUUCUGAAGCAUGGCAGUGUCCGUGGGCAAUAUAUGAAGGUUAAAGGUUCCGAAAAGGUGGUGGAGCAAUAUUUGGGGAUUCCUUUUGCACAGCCACCUGUUGGUCCUCUUCGCCUGGCUGCACCUAAUCCUGUACAGGGAUGGGAAGGCAUAAGAAAUGCCACUCAGCACCCUCCCAUGUGCCUUCAAAACCCAGAUAUUGUGCCUUUGGUAGCAAAGGCCAUGAAGUUGAAUUUCACCACCACAGGAGUCUCAGAAGACUGUUUGUAUCUUGACGUUUACACUCCUUCUCAAAGAUUAGAAUCAGAAAAACAUCCAGUAAUGGUUUGGAUUCAUGGAGGAGCCCUGGUCUUUAGCGGAGCUGCCAUGUAUGACGGAUCCCCAUUGGCGGCCUAUGAGAACAUAGUUGUGGUUGUCAUUCAGUACCGACUUGGAAUGUUAGGAUACUUCAGCACAGGUGAUAAGCUUGCACAAGGAAACUGGGGCUUCCUAGACCAGAUUGCAGCUUUACAGUGGGUGCAGCAAAACAUUGAGGGUUUUGGAGGAGACCCCCAGUCUGUCACCAUAGCAGGAGAGUCUGCAGGAGGAAUCAGUGCCUCUUUUCUAACAUUGUCACCCAUGACCAAGGGUCUGUUUCACAGAGCCAUCUUUCAGAGUGGAGUAGCAACCACGACGGGUUACUCCAUCAAACACCCAUUGAUGUUUGCCAAGGUGGUAGCAAAUGUUACUGAGUGUGACUUCAGCUCUUCUGAAGUGCUGGUCAAAUGCAUAAAAGAACUGACCGAGGAACAGAUCAUAAAUGCAACUAAAAAGAAACACAUUUUCCCUGGAGCGACAGUUGAUGGGGUCUUUCUCAAAGCUCCAGCAGAGGAGAUACUAAAGAGCAAAGACUUUCAGAAAGUUCCAAUUCUUGUUGGAACAACAAACCAUGAAUUUGGAUGGAUGCUCGCUCAGACCUUGGUCUCAGAGGAAUGGGUUAAAGGGAUGGACACAAAAUCAGUGAAAGCAAUUUUGGACAUGGUCAACAAAGCUGGUACAUCAGGAGUCAAUGAAUUCAUUGUAGAAGAAUACUUAAAAGAUGCUAAAACUCCUGAGGACAUUCGCGAUGCAUUUACUGAGAUGAUGGGGGAUGUUUUUAUUGUGAUACCCUCCAUCACGGUUGCGUCUUACCACAGAGAUGCUGGAGUCCCUGUGUAUAUGUAUGAGUUUCAGCACCGGCCCAGUAUAUUUAAAGAUAUCAGACCCAGCUUUGUGAAGGCUGACCAUGCUGAUGAUGUUGGAUUUGUGUUUGGGGCCUGCUUUUGGGAUGGCCAUGUCAAAACUGAAGGAGCACUCAGUGAGGAGGAAAACCAACUAUGCAGAACUGUAAUGAGAUACUGGGCUAACUUCAUUCGUACUGGCUCACCAAAUGGGCCCAAUCUGGUGAAUUGGCCUGUAUACGACCAGUCUAAUAAAUACAUGAACCUAGGAUUGCAGCAAACUGAGGGACAGGGUCUGAAGAUGGGCAAGCUGCUCUUUUUCACUGUUGAAUUACCUAAGAAACUUGCUGCACUCCACACAGCCUAAUUUGUUUUUACACCAAUAAACAUAGUGCAGUACAGUGUGCAUAAAUGA